ACGCUCUGGAAUUCGUCUGAAUUAAGGCUGUGGAUGCUGGCACCGUCGCACAUAGUCCACGGCUUCGCGCUCAAGUACUAUUAUUCCUAGGACACGCCGGUGACACGGCGCACUCUCACACAACAAUGACGGCGACGGCAGUGAAGCGGGCGUGCGACGCCUGCCACCGUCGCAAGGUCAAAUGCGACGGAAUCACGCCCUGUCGCAACUGCUCGGCUUCGCAGCUGGCAUGCACGUACAACGCGGUCCCGCAAAAGAAAGGUCCCAAGGGCUCCCGAGCCAAGGUCAUCAACGAAUUGAAGGAGACGCAACGGCAGACCAGUCUUUCGGCCAAGUUGCAGAGCGGCAUCAAUGGCGGCGCGUUGGGGGCCGGUCUGGCUCCCACUCCCAGGCUUCUCACCAAGGAAACGCUCAAGGCGUGCAUCGACUUCUACUUCGCCCACAUGCUUCCGACGAUCCCGAUCCUCGACCGCCAGCGGCUCGAGCAAGACGCCAUGUACAUGGACCAAAAUCUCGACGCGUACUGCCUCCUGACGUCGCUCUGCUCCUUCGUCUGCCUCCAACCGGGCAUGGUGAUGCCCGGUGCGGGAGUGAACGACCCCUUUGGCCAGGACUCCAUGUUCGGUGCCAACGUCGUCACCAGCUCGCUCUUGAUGGAGGAGACCAUCCGCGUUCGCAAGGGCUACGACUACGUGGCAUCGCCGACGGUCAACACUCUGUGCACGAGCUUCUUCCUCUUUGCGGUACACCACGGUCUAGAGAUGCAUGAUAAGGCAUGGUUUUACCUGCGCGAGGCCACCACCUUGACGCACAUGGCCAGGAUGAACGAGGAGCAAGCGUAUAUGCAGUACGACAGCAAUGAUUCUGUGGACGCGUCACGCCGCAGACGCUUGUACUGGCUUCUUUUUGUCACCGAACGGGCCUAUGCUUUGCAGCACCGUCGCCCGCUAACGCUCCAGGCCAGCAUCAAUUUACCACCUCCCCAGGAGCACCCUGCUGACCCUUUUACGCACAAUGGUACCACUUCGCUGCGAUUACACAAGGCUUGGAGCUUGAGCGUGGCGAACGGCAACGGGAACAACGCCGAGUCGUCGUACGUUGAUAGCAUCCACGAGCUCCUCCCCAUGGUCUCGCACUUCCCCGGCAACCUGGGCUUGCACGGUCUCAGCCUGUGUGAGCAUCUCUUCAACGUCACCUGUGCCAUGACCGACUUCCUCAGCAUGCUACCGGCUUCUCGGACUCCCUUCCGAGCCGGCCCCCGGGAUCACCUCCGCAAGAUCUUGAAUAUCGUAACGGCCAUCCGGAACGGCGACCACCGAUUCCUCCCGCUUUUGCUGAGCACCGUUGCGUCGUAUCUUCCGAAACUCGCCAGCCCCAUGCUUCAGGACGCUCCGGAGAACCCGACAGCUUGCAACAUGGAUCUUCUGGACGGCUUCGGAAACAGUACCAUCUGCCCGCCCGUGUACUCCUCUGGUGGUGGUGACUACGACAACAAGUUCAAUGUUUCGAGGUUCGAUGAGAUGGGCUCGGAUUCCAGUAGUCCAAAUGGGCCUUCGAGCAACAACGACGUGAAUUCGCCGUUUGACAGUUCUUCGGCCAUCAUGUCUCCUGGCAUGGAUAUGCCGCACGGCCUGCAAACGGACUUCACUUCCAUGCCCGAAAUGGUCAUGAGUCCUCUAAGCCAUGCCCCACCGCCUUCAUCGCUCGGCACGCCCGGAGGAAUGAAUCAGCAACCACAGCACCCGCAACACACGCCGUUGUCACCGUUUCCAAAUUCGAACCCCAGGAUGCAGGGGUUAGAUGCCAAUAACAUCAAUCCGCCGCCUAACAUAAACCUGACAACAUCCCAGAUGCACCUUAACCAAGGGCUUGGGAACGGAAUCAACAAUGGUCUCGGUCAAACAGUCAACAACAAUACCCUGAUGGCCAGAGCGCCACCGCCACAACGAGCGAACACUUUCGGCAUGAACCUGCCCCACUUGCGAACGGUCGGUGACUUUCAAGCGCUACAGCGUUCCAAUUCGGAAGUGAACUCGAUGGGCCAGCUAGGGAUGAGCCCGUUAGGGCCAGACCUUGACUUCAACGGUCUUUCCAGGUAGCCAUUCCUAGUCGAGGCGCCAUCUUUUUUCCUCUAUUGCCCAAAGGAGCGUGGCGUUUGAAGAGCGUCAACAUCGAUCCGCGCCGCAUUGCCUCCAUGCAGGGCCCCAAGGGUUCUUGUUGGGGUACA